AUGAAUGGUGUAGUGAUACUCCAUGUAAUAACUUUGUGUUGUUCGUAUAUCAUUGCAAACAAUGAACUAAAUUACACAUCAAACGAUCCAUGGGAUCUGAACGCUCAUUGCCAGCCGUAUAUUGAGGAUUUCGCAGAAGCGAGUUCAAGAAUGAUACGAUGUGCAGCAGCAUAUUCUUCACCACCUAAAGUUUGCAUAUAUUGUACCGAAGAAUACAUUGCGUUCAAACAGAUCGAAUAUAAGUUACAUAAAUUGGAAAACAUAUUUUCACGUGACAAUGUAACUUGCAGUCGUGUAAUUUAUGAGAAUUACCUAAUUUCCUACGUGUCAGAGGUAUCGACGACAAUAACGAAAAACAUAUGGGAAAAUUCGCGCUGUUCUUCUUGUGUGAAUAUCGCUUGGCACCUCGAGACAAACAACACUGAAUAUGCCUACUAUAACGAUACUAUAAGGUUUGAAAAUAAACUGUAUGAUUGGAGGCAUUGUGUUUCCAAUUUGUCAUUUCUUGGAGCUAAUGAAACGAUUAUUUGUGAUAAAUGUUUGAGUUCAUUCAAUGAAUUAUUCCAAUUUUACUGGUAUAUAUACGUCACACCGAGUGUUAAUUUCUGUUUAGAUGUCGAAACUACGAUGAACGAUACAAUGAAUUUGUGGCAUAAUGUAUGGCAUUGUCCGGAUGACCGAGUUGAAGAAUUACGCGACUGGACUUUACUUGGAUAUAGCUUAGCUUUUCUAAUAAUCAUAACAGUAUUUUUCUAUGCUGGCAGUUAUAUUCAAAGUUCGGAAAUACAGAGGAAUCUUGUGCAGUAUUCACGACUAGAUGCGCCACGUGGUUUACGAUCACAUCUUCUGAGCUCAUCAACUUUGGAUAGAGUAUCUUCAUCAACUGCUGGGCGUGCUGAACAGAUCACCAAUUUGGAGUAG